CCCUCACAGACAGAUAUUCAGGAGGGUGAUCUGCCCUCACAGAGACAGUCAGGAGACAGACCUGCCCUCACAGCCUGGGAAUAUAAGUCAGGAGACAGACCUGCCAUUGAUGUUUAUAAGAAACACCUAUUUCUGACCAGGAGUCUACAACUCUUUCUUAAUAUACCAGUUUAAAAGGUUAUAAUUUAUAGAGGAAACCGGUUUUCAUCCUAGUAAAGUGCUAAAAGUAAGCCUUUUCUCAGAGAAUACUCCAUGGACGUAUGGGCACGGACAAAAGCUCUUUGUACCUCUUUUUGAAGUCCACAUGAUGAAGCAAAAUUCUUAGUACCUGUGUAGGUGAACGGCCACAGGGUUAUUGGUUGUUUUGGUCAGAUAUUAAUUCGGAGUGUUUAUUUUCUGUGGGGUUUGGUGAGCUGGACAUCCCUUGUGCUGUGUAUAUGUGGGAUAUAAGGAUAUAUAUUCAGGGACGUUUUUAAAGCCGAGGAAUUUGAUAACACAAGUUAAACUUACACUUUGCUAGUGUAGACUUGAGUAUCAAGUAAGGAUCAGGUGAUACGGGUCUGUGUGGAGUGUGUAUUGAGGUCAGGUAUUCAGUUCUUACGUCAUUUCUGAGGUGGCAUUUUACUCCACCUGUGUAUACCUGAAGUAUGUCUGAUCCUAAUCCAGACUUAGAGGUGGCAGGUGAGGUAGUAUCACCUGUACAGGUUAACGAGGACCAGGAAAACAAAACAAAGAAAAUGGAAUCACAAGUCCAGGAGGAAGAGAGUCACAUACUUCGAGAUGAAGGGAACUUCAUUGAGGAUGUUUCCAAAUUCUACAACCAGGAGGCGCUGAGUGAUGUGAAGUUAAAGGUGGGCGAGGAAGUAUACCACGCCCACAAGUUCGUCCUCGCCAAGUCCAGUGAUGUGUUCAGGACCAUGCUGUAUGAGAGCCGAUGGUCACAAGAGAAUUCCAGUGAAUUUGAGCUCAGCGAGAGCAUAGAGUGUCAGAUUGUUUUUGACAAAUUUUUACGUUUCCUUUACACAGCGGAGAUCUCAAUACGGGUAGAAACAGCAGUUGGAAUUCUGUGUUUAGCAGACAAAUACAAUGUAAUCUCACUGAAGAGCUUGUGUACAAUGUACAUGGUUGAGAACAGUAAAUCGCCCCGUGUUCGUAACGCCCUGAGUUGGUACGCCUGGGCCAAAGCUCUGGGACUCGACGACCUCAUUAACCAAUGUGCCAAAACCAUUGCCUGGAAUGCAGACAGUUUAUUGAAGCUCGAAGAAUGGUCAAGCAUGGACUUCGAUUUUGUCAACGACAUGCUACAUAACUCAGAGCUGGUCGUUCUCAGUGAACAUGUGUUGUACCUGGCCCUAGUCGCCUGGCUCACAGACGAACAACGGGAAGAUUCUUUAAAAGUAAAUGCAGAGAAAUUGCUUCCGUUGAUCCGUUUCCCACAGAUGCUUGUAAAACAGCUGUAUAAGAUAGAACAUUCAGACAUCAUGGAACGGGAAGAUUGUAAGGACAUUUUACAUGAACUGGUUGGGAAUGCCUACAGAUACAGAUCUUUGUGCCCUUCUCAGACGGAGCUGGAACUUUCAUUUACAGAUCCUUUCUACAUGCCCAGAAAUUACAUAGAUCUAACGGUUGACUCUGUGAGGAUGCAGAAUACGCUUAGGUUCGGCAUACAGGUAGAUGUUCGCACAUACGCGGGGCCUGUCCCCUGCAGUCUUCGGGAGGGUGAAUGGAAAAUAACGUACCGUAAGAACGGAGACUGUUGGACUCUACAGAUCUUUUGUCAUGAAUCUGCGACUGUGAACGGCGAGGCUCGUGUCCAAGCUGCAGUCAUUAUAUACAAUGAUGAGGAGAAGGUUAUACAGGUCGAACAAGUGCCCACCUAUGUAUGUUCCCGUGGUAACCAUUUAGGCUUGAAUAUAAACGUGGAUAACCUUGCUGAUUCGAAGCUCAUGGCCCUACUUUUGAAACCUGUGCCAAAAUAGAGGGAGUUCAGCAUUCAGUUUUAUCCACUUCCUGGGUUACAAUCAAAACAUACACAAAACGUAACUAUACACACACAUUCUUAGCCUUUCCCACACACUUGUUAUAUGUAAACUAGGUUUGAUGUGGCGUAACACAUUUCACAGUCUCUCCCAUACAUUCUGUAUAGCUUAUCACGUCUAUGGUUCAUGCUUGAUUUGUCUACGAUUUUCGCAGUGUAAUUUAACAUCACAUGACAUAACAAUACACAGUGACCCGUCACAUCUUAUGUCAUAUUUUUCACAAAAUUAGAGAAGUCAAAUUAUGUAUUUAUUCAGAGAAAGAGAGUUUUUCUUUAAUAUGUUGGUUAUGGGAUAAACCAGACAUCCAGAUUGUGGGAAGUGAUGAUAACUUAUUAUCCAGUCUCCACACUUGUUUCUCAUAUUGUAUGCCUUACAAAUCAUUUAUUUUUCACAAGCCAUUUUUGUGUGAAUUCAUGGUGUGACUCAUCCGUGAUUUAAAAUCUUCUCUGACAAUUAAAUCCUAGAGAAUUACUAUAAAUAUUGAAACAUCCCCUCAAUCACAAAUGCUCAAGUAUUUAUGAAUAUGACCUGUGAAAAUACAAAUGUAGUUCUCAAAACAAAGCAUAUGUGAAAAUUUAGGGAUUUGCAGAACCUAGUACGGUAAUUUUAUGCAAGGUUGUUAGGCGUUGGUUUUCACACACACACACACACACACACACACAAACACAAAUAGAAAAUUACUUGAAUAAGAAUUAUUUUGAUGUAUAUCUUUUCAAUGAAAUUCAAAAUUAUACAAAAUGUCAAAUCAACCUGCCUUAAAGAUUCUAUAGAUUGACUCUGAGUCCUCGGUCUGUAAUUUUAGUUUAGGUGUUGUGUUGUGUGACAUUGAUGUGAAAUAUUAUAUAUUUAAUAUUCAAAUCAAUUCCAAAGGCUUUUAUGCAUGUGAAUAUUUCUCCACUUCAAUUGGAUUGAUCCAGCAUUUACAUAAAAUGAUCGAUGGCAUUUGAAUUGAUAAUUUAUUUUGUCGAAAAAAAUUCUUGCAUAAUACUUCACUCAUAAUAAAAAAACAGCAACCUAACUCUCAAAAUAAUUAUGAUAGAAAAAUGUACACAAAUAUUAAUUGUGUAGUAUGUGACAGUGCACACUGUCAGUUUGGUUUUAUCUGUAAAUAUAGAAUGUUAAAUUACAGAAAAUAUAAAAAUAAUGCCUCUCCCUAAAUUCAAUAUCUGUCACAGAAUUUCUCAAACCCAAUAAAGUGUUGUGUAUUAAAAAUGUAGUUAUAAUGAUGUCGCAGUGAUCAUGUUUACCCUAUCAACAUUGUGUCGUUAGAUGUUAAAAAAAUAGAUGAAACAAAUAAAUUUUGAAAUUUCCAUUCCUAAAUAUUGUUAUGAUAGAUAAUGAUAAAACUUAAGAGAAACGUGGCAGCUAGAUUUCUGUUAUAAACAAACAUUCCAACAUAUACAUUCCAAACUUAUUGAUGUAACCGAGGUAACACAACGUCUCUGUAGAUACCAUAUUAUGUAGAUACCAUAUUAUGUAGAUACCAUAUUAUGAGAUCUUCUUUAUUGGUUUUUUUUGUGAACUGAGACAUACAUUUACCAGAAAAUUUACAAUCUUUCAAAUUUGUCCUGACGACAAAAUCUAAAAAUGUGUACAAGUACAAUGAGUCCUUUUAGAUAAAGCGUUAGUGUAAAAUACCAAGGUUAAGCUGGUCUGUCUAGUGUAAAAUAUCAAGGUUAAGCUGGUCUGUCUAGUGUAAAAUACC